UUGCAGGGUCUUUGGAAAAAAACGGGUACGUAUAGGGAACGACCCUAUGUGACUUUCGAAGGAAAAUACUUCAUAUUGCUGGAAUCCAGCAAUGGAUUGCUUUACACCAGUACGCUUCCUGUGCUAAAUACUGCAGAUCCGUCGCAUUUUACUAUGUCUGAAGUUCAGCAACAAUGGAUUCGUGAAGAGAACCAGGACAGUGAAUUUACUAUGAACAUCUGGCUUCCAAACAUGGGAAAUUUCCCUAAAAAUGUUAUAUUCUUCAUCUUUUUCAACUAUAGGUUGGAUUAUCAUAGUCAAGUUGAGGCCGAAGUGAUCCUUCACGAUUCUCUACAAGUAGCUGAAAAUACUUCGUCAGCGACCAUAUUAGGAAGAAUGGCAGCAGAUCAAAAAGAGCCAUUCAGGUGA